GAGAGAUGAAUUUACGUAACGAGUGAAACCUGAGUUUGUAUCUCAAUCUCUCUAAAACAAGAUUAGUUAUAAAAUAUUUAUAUGUAUUUUAAUAUAAUAUAUCAAGUAUAUUAAUUAUGUGUAUGUUAGUUAAGCAAUAUGAACACUAUAUGAACGCAUAUGAACAACUAUAAUAAAUAACGUUAAUAUUAAUUUAUUAAUUUAUUACUAGCCAUAUAUUUGUCUCUAUAUUAGCAAAUAACACAUGAUGUAUGUGAACAAAGUCAAUAUAUGGUCGAUAAUUGAUAAUCCGCUUUCUUUCGGUACUCUACAUUCUAAUAUCUUUAUAUAAAUAUUGCACUCGCAAGUGUCUCGCAUAUUGAUAUUGAUUUUUGAUAACAAAUAGAGCUUUCCUCGUCAGUCACUGUGCACGCGUUGACGAUAAACGAUUAUUUAACAUCAACGACGAUUCCCGAGAUUAAAUUCAGAAAGUUUCGCGGGAGACUCUCACUUCAUGAAUAUUCUAUAUCGGUCAUUACAUUACUUCCGCAACGUGUAAUUCAUUUCGGCGCGGUUUCGAAUAAUUUCACGACGUUUUGCAUUAAUAAAACGGUCGUCGGACUUUCGUCGAUUUAUGGUUCAUUUCUGUAGAGUGCUCCGACAAACGUCCCGGUCGGUCCUCUCUUUUUCUUCCUUUACAAUAGAAAUAAAAUAUGCCAACUGCAUCUUCGUAUUGUAACAAACGUUAAUCGAUAUACGUUUGGCGAAUACAUUUUGCAAUCCUCAUGCGAGGAUUCCUGUUUCGCUCGUUGGUGUUUGUCACGCGCGACAAGUCAGUCGUAGAUACAAAUAUCAUGAGAAAUGUAAAUCGAGAAUUUCCACUUCAACGUGAAAUUUUUACCUUGAUUCGGCUGCGUUAUAUCACAUUCACGUAUACAUUCCGUUUUUGUUGCAUCGCACUCGAUAUAAUUUCGUGAUAUAGUAGAUAUAUUCGGUUUAAAUUAGAUUGCUGGUAUGUAUCUGAUUCGAUAAUAUAUAGUAUGUGCUUGGUUUAGUGUUGUAGUUAUUUUAGCCGGAAAUUUAUCCCAAAGAUAAUUAAAUUAUUGCGAAAACGCAACAUUUGCUGCAGGAUCUAAAAACGUAGGAGGAUAGUUAAUAAUUAUGCACAUAUUAUCUGCAGAAUGUUAAACAUUUAUUUCGCGGAUAAAUUGAAGAAGACUUUUGCUGCUUUAUCAGCUUCCAGUGAUAAAUUAGAAUUAGUAUUUAGAAAAUACUAUAUUGCGUCCUUUGACAGUAAUUUGAAUCGUAAUAUUUAGUCAGUUUAUGAUUUAUUUUAGUGUAAUCGAUAACCAAUUAAAAUGAUAAUUUACUAAUUAUUCUUGGAGUGCUUAAUACCACUAAUUACAUUAUCGUAUAAUGGUAAUAACAAUAUAUACGCAUUUGCGAUUUAAAUAUAUCAAGAUGAAUAAUUUUAUUAGAUUUAGAAAAAAUACAGCAACAAGAGAAAAAAAAUGGUUAAUGGUUAUAAAUGAACGUAGUAAAAUUUGCAUAUUACCUGCGAAAUGUUCGAAAGCAUUUACAAAAUGCAUUUUUAAUCCAGAUAUUUCAUAUUCUCAAUUUUAUUAUCUAGUUACUUAAGUAUUCACGAAUUAAUUCACGAGGUAAAAAAUACUUUUUUGCGAAAUUUUCCCAAGUUUUCUCAAGCUUGCCUUUUUCUCCGAGAAAAAAUAAAACAAGAGCGGAGACCGCAGUUAAAUUAUUUCCCAUUUACUCAUCGUUAAAACAGUAAUGGAAUACCGUUGCUUUUCGACGCGGACGAAUGCAGUUCAUUAGCAUUUGUUCUCGAGAGCAAGCAACGGGCAUGCGUCGAAUGCAUUCUAUUGUCAGGAUUAGGACUCGAACUUCGUUUGACGGAGCAUGAAAUUUUCGUACCGCGAUGCUGAUUAAUCACCUCCACCACUUUAUUCUACUUGGCGUUUUCGCGUGUCGCUUCGGAGGCUCUACAACGUCGACGACGUUUUCGAACGGCUCACUCGUGAAAUCCAAAAGGGACAUUGGAAUCAAAUAUCUCGUGUUCCCUCAAGGCAGCAAUGUUCAACUCGUCUACUGUCUAACCAUGAGUACGUAUUCAAAGCCCCAAGGAAUGUUUACCAUUGGUGUUACCGCCGGGCUGGCGUGGGAACUACCCUACAGAAAUACCGCGUUCUACGGGAAGCCAGCCGAGGUUUAUCAUCGUCGGAGCAGAAGAGAGCUGUACCGUAAAGUGGAGCUAAUGCUACGAACCCAGGGGAACGACGGCAAGGCUUGCGUCCUCAAGGCGAUCUGCAAGGCUGCCAAGCGUAGGCGCGAGGACAUCGGGAAAGGAAGUUUCCUCGAGGAGAUCCUGCACGUUAUAUUCACUCUGCCUGGAGGAUGGUAUGACAUCGAUCCGAUGACCGAAUACGAGCGAACAUAUCACUCGAGUGAAAAUUGCGACGAGAUGCACGCCAAGUGUCCAGGUGUCUUCUAAAUUGCUGCAAUCAGCGUAAUCGUCUUACGCAAGCAUGAAAAUGAGCAGCUAUUACGAAAGAUCCUGUCUCCCUUUCUUGGUCUUUCAGAUUAGAACUUGACUGUAUAGACAUAAAUGCUAAUCAAGUUUGUAUAAACAAAUAGCCAUAAAUAUUGUCAAAGUGAUUUAUUUUGACGGGAAAAUUGAUC